CAUAACCUCAAAUUUUUUACAAAUAUGGAGAAAUCAGAAUUGCAGUCCGAAGAGAAAAAUACAAUUUGUUUGUUUAAAAAAAGGAAAAGUAAAAAUAUAUCAGUGCGAAAACGAAAAGGCAACGAUUCUGAAAAUGAUAGCAGUGAGGAUGACACAACAGUUAUUAAAAAGGAGAAAAAAGUCGAUUCAAAAAAUCCCUUGAGACAAAGUACAAUGAAAUAUCGAAAGCAGAAGAAAUCUGUCGAUUCUUCAGACAGUGAGGAAGAGAAAUCUGUUUCGGUUUCAUAUAAAAGUCUCGCGACACCAAUGCCCGUUGGACCACAAGAUCAAGGAGCAACUGCAACUUUGGAAAUUGAGACAGAACUUGAUAAAGAUGCCCAAGCAAUUUUCGAAAAAGCUCAGAAAAUAAAUGCGGAACUUGAAGGUAAAGAGGAUGACAAAAUCUACCGAGGAAUAAAUAAUUACGCGCAGUAUUUUAAAAAGAAGGACUCGGCCGCUGGUAACGCGUCAAGUGGAAUGGUUCGAAAGGGGCCAAUUCGAGCGCCGGCCAAUUUAAGAGCAACAGUUCGAUGGGAUUAUCAGCCAGAUAUUUGCAAAGAUUAUAAAGAAACUGGAUUUUGCGGCUUUGGAGACAGUUGUAAAUUUCUUCACGAUCGAUCGGAUUACAAAUUGGGUUGGCAGCUGGAACGUGAGGCAGCGGCGUCGGGAAACAAAAAUGACAGUGACAAUGAUGACGAUGAUGGAAAAUACGAAAUCGACAGCGACGAAGAAACUUUGCCGUUUAAAUGCUUUAUUUGUCGGAACAGUUUCACUAGGCCCGUCGUCACCAAAUGUAAGCAUUAUUUCUGUGAGCCUUGUGCUUUGGAGCAUUACAAGAAAAGUAAGAGAUGCUUUAUAUGCAAUGUUCCCACGAAUGGUGUAUUUAAUCCAGCGAAAGAAUUAAUGGAUCGAAUUGAACACGAUUCUGACGAUGAGGAUGCAAACAAAUCGAAAAACGAUGAUGAGAAUUCGGAUGAUUCUGAGGAAGCUGACAGUGAAACGCCGAAUAAAACACUUUCCCAAUGGCAACCAAUAGCAAACUAGAAACGAAAUUAAAAUUCUAAUACAAAUCUAGAAAUUAAUAAUAAUUGCCAAAAAAAAAGGAAAAAUUCAACUUGUUAAUUAAUCGCAAUAAUUAUAAAAAUAGAGGAAAAGAAGGAAAAAAAUCAUCUGUCAGUAAAACAUUUUUCUUCGUUGAUGAUCAAGGUUAUCGAUUUGAAUAUUACAUAUAUAUGUUCUAAAGACUAAUACGAAAUUCCUUCUGCUUCAUAUACGUAUAUACACAAACAUAUAUAGAACUUUUGAACACAAUUGAAAAUGCUGAGCGAAUAGAGAGAGGAGCGCUUGUCUAAAUCGAUAAACACUAAGCACAAUGUUUCCCUCUCGGCUCGAUGUGAAAAUGUCGUCGUCGUUGUCGGCACAGACAGUAUAUUUAACUUCCGAAAAAAUUCAUUGAAAUCUAUUAUUAUUCUACACAAUGACGCGCAAUUAUUAGAAAAUUAUUGAAAAAAAAAGAAAUUCAAGAAAAAUCAAGUGGUGAAAAAGACGUCUAUUUUGUAGAAAUUGUUCACAAAUUUUACACGUACAAUUUUUUUUUUUGAAAGGAGGAGAAGGAAAUAAAUAAUGAUGAUAAAAAUUCGGCAGCGAACCAACAAAGAAGUGUAUUUUUAAAAAUAUUUCGCAUAUUUUAGCGCAAAAAUUGCAUUAAUUUGCAAUUAAAUAAUUCAAUAGGAGGAAUAAAAAAAGACAAAAAUAAAUCGAAAA